AAAAACCGAAAACAGAGCUGGUAGCGCGUUUUUUUUAACACUCCCGAGAAGGUGGGAAUUUGCUUGUUAUAUUAUUAAUUUUUAAUAUUGUAUGAAUAAUGGGUCCUAAAAAGGCCGCCGCCGCAGUAGCACUGGAAACUGCGCCACUGGUCGAGUCUCCUGCUGAGUCCUCCGGCAGCGACAGUCCGGAGAAGGAGAAUUCUACAGAAACGUCAGAUGCUGCGGCGCCGCGUAAAGUUCCAACUCAUCCACCCACAGUCAUCAUGGUCAAAGAGGCGUUGAAAGCGCUGGACUCGCGCAAAGGGGUUUCGUACGUAGCCAUACAGAACUACAUCAAACAGAAAUACCCCUCUGUGGAUUCUAUCAGGGUGAACGGGUUGGUCCGUAAGGCUUUGAAAAAGGGGAUCGAAGCCGGUACGUUUAUACGUUCUGUCAGUGUCACAGGGACCACAGGGCGGUUCCGGCUUGAACCGAAACUCAAACAAAAGAUGGCAAAAGGUGAGAACGAGGAUCCUAAUGUGCAGAAGGCUCCAAAAUCGAAAUCCAAAGAUGGCGACAAAGAUGGAGGCAAAGAUGGCGACGCAAAUGGCGGCAAAGAUGGCGACAAGAAGCGACCUAAAGCAGAUGCUAAAAAGCCCAAGAGCAGCGCCAAGUCACAAGAGGACUCAAAGUCUCCUAAAAAGUCCAAAAAAACGGAAGAGGCCGCAGCAGGGAAGGUGGCUCCAGUAAAGAAACCCAAAGCUAAAAAGGCGGCAGAGGACGACGACAAAGGCGCGACUGAUGCGACAAAUACCAAGGCCACAAAGACAACUAAAGAAGCAAAGACAGAAAAAGUGCCUAAGGAGACGAAACCUAAAAAGGUGCCCAAGAGCAAGGCCGCCGAGGCUCCAGCUGUUAAAGCCACGGGGAAACGUGGCAAAAAGGCGGCAGAGUGAAACUGUAAACCUAACUGAAUUUUAUGUUUUGUAUUUCAAUAAAAUCUUAACUUUUGUACUUA